GGGAAAAAUAUCUUAAAACUAUAAAUACAGCGGAUGCCCAACUCGCAAUUUAGCGUUCCACUUCAAAACAUUAUUACUGGAAACAGAACAGAGAUUAGAAGAAGAAGAAGAAGAGAUGUUGUGCUGCAACUCCUUUGGUCUUACGCUAUCAAGAACCGACCCGCCACGCUUCUCCUCCCUCACAUGCCGCCGCGUCUUCUUCCCCGUCCAUCCCCUUCCCCGCUUCCGUAUCCAAUCCAAACUCAAGGAUGCCCAACCGGGUUCCUUGUACGACCUCCUGGGGAUACCGGAGACGGGGUCGUUGCCCGAGAUCAAACGGGCGUACAAGCAGUUGGCCCGGAAGUACCAUCCGGACGUUUGGCCGCCGGAGCGGGUCGAGGAGUACACCCAGAGAUUCAUUCGGGUUCAGCACGCGUAUCAGACACUCUCGGAUCCUAAAACCAGAGCUCUGUACGAUACAGAUAGGGCUAAAGGCCUCCGCUCCUCACGUAGGCGUUACUGUAGAGACCAGCCUAUGGAAGAUAAAAGUGAAUGGAAAAGCAGAUGGCAGUCUCAGCUUUCAGAGUUAAAGAGAAGGAGCAUGUCUAAGAAUGCAUCUUGGGGAGCAAGAAUGCGCACACAAACCCAUCAAACAUCAUCUUAACCAAACUUAUGUUCUUGUAUAUCAACUAUGUAUACAUAAUAUAAUAAUAUAUAGGCGCCUUUGGUUCAAAUAUUAGAAUCUGAAUCGUAAUUGAAUCAAAUAAUGAUAAUUGUAAUGGGUUUAA